GCAUCACUCCGAAGCCUCAACUCUGGCGUGUGGAUGGCAUGAGGGAGAGAACCCUCCACGUGAAACCUCUCACGUGCAAGUGAGACCUUCGAAGGAGAGAAAGGGAUAACAGAACUUGAAAGCUAGGAACAACUUCGGCUUCGGGGAGACGUUAAAAAGCACAGACAGUUCGCCCGCCGUUCGCAAAUUACAAAACGACGUGCUGUCUACCCGCAUUCUAGAAUAAUUGUUUCUCUAUUAGAGGCCACCCGUCUUGUACUGGCUCAAGAUUUGCCCUUUCCUCCUAAUAUCUGUUAGUUUAAUGGUUGACGCACGUUUAACAGGAUGGGCGCUCAGAAGAGCAUCCAUGCUGGUAAAGCUAAGAUUGACGUUAAUGUUGAUUUCACUCACAAGCUGUGUGCUUCUUUGAUGUUUCCUACACUCAGGAGCUCGGGCAGUCCACUUUCCCUGAUAAUUGGGAGUCUUUGCAUCAAACAUCCUAACUUAUUUGGAGGAAGUGAGAAGCUUGAUGUUUCGUGGGAUAAGGGUCUAUAUGAUUCAAAUAUCCUGGUUGCUUACAGAAGGCCAAGACCCGAGUGGCUAGCUCAGCAGUCUUUUGUUAUACAGCAUUCUCUUUCACCCGAGAUUGGAGUCCAUGGUAUACCUAUAGAGAACUUCUCCCGUUCAGUCAGUGGAGGCAUAAAUUUAUCUCGAUUCUCUUUGGGUUUGGAUCUGAAUGAACCACCAAGUUCAAAAUGGAGAAACACAACCAGCAUCAAAUUUGAGCACGUGCGUCCAGUGAAUGAUGAUGGUCGCUCCACAAGUAGAGAUUAUGAAGGGUUUCCUUUGACUUGCAGUGGUAAUCCACAUGACAGUAUGGUAGUGUUAAAGCAGGAGUCUCGAUUUGCGAAGGCAGAUGAUUGUAGCUUUCUCCAAUUCAAUCUUCAAAUAGAACAAGGUAUUCCAGUUUUUUCAAAGUGGCUAAUCUUCAAUCGGUUUAAGUUUGCUGCUUCCAAAGGAAUCAAACUUGGACCAACAUUUCUCUUGACAAGCCUUACAGGCGGUUCAAUUGUUGGGGACAUGGCUCCUUACCAAGCCUUUUCCGUUGGAGGGCUUGGGAGUGUGCGUGGGUAUGGUGAAGGAGCUAUUGGAUCAGGGCGAUCAUGUCUGGUUGCUAAUAGUGAACUGAAAAUCCCUUUGAACAAAAUGUUGGAAGCUGCUGUUUUCUUUGAUUGUGGAACUGAUUUGGGAUCUGGUCAUCUUGUACCUGGAAAUCCAUCCUUAAGACAGGGUAAACCAGGAUCUGGUAUUGGGUUAGGAUGUGGACUUCGGUUUAAAUCACAGUGCGGUCACUUUCAAGUGGAUUAUGCCAUCAAUGCAUUUCAACAAAGAGCUCUCUAUUUUAGUCUCAGCAAUUUUGGUUCAUGAGAUCCUCAAACCCAGGAAGUUGCAGUCGCUGGCCAUCUGCUGUGUUUUCUCAUCCCCGAUUAACCGCAGAAGUCUUAUGGCAGAUUGAAUGCUGAUGGUACAGAGGCUUGUGCUGUUUCAUCCGGAGUUAAUCAUCACAUCAGCUUUAAAAAUUUCAUUCUCUAUAAUUUUUUAACCCGACAAUAAAUUAUGUUUGUGGAGAGAGGAGCUGUUAGUACAUUCUUUUUCCGGAUACAGUACAUGAUGGAUGACCCAAUUUUUUCUCCUUGUUUUGUACAUGUAGCUGAAAUUUUUCUGUGUGGUCUCCCUCUUGUUAAUGAAUCCAGAAAGAUUGAUGUUUUACUGUAAAUCAUGUUCAAUCCAAGGAGAUAUGAGAAAGUUGAUACACACGAACGGAAGCAACCUUCUAUUUGAGCUUGCCAAUAGUUCUGCAGCAAACCCCCCGGGAGGUGGAUGAGUUAAGAAUUAACAUGUAUAUCUAAAUUCUUCUGGACUUUAUAGUCUAUACCAAAGGGGGGAAAGAGUCUUCAAGACUCCAUUUGAUUGUGAUAUAAAAACAUAAUUUCAAGCACAUAUUGCACUAUGAUUAUCUUAAUUUUGUAUGAAGUGAUAACGAAGUAGAUUUUCUUAGAGCUCGUAAUAGCAAGAUCCCUUAUUCUUGGUUUUUGUAA